CAUUCCAAGAACUACCUGCAAUACAGAUACCCGAAAUCACACUUGAACAGGUGUAUUCAUAUCAGAUUCGAUCGAGACUAAAAACAACUGGGGAUGGAUGGCAUACACUCCUUUGACGAGCUCCAACACUUCCUGUCCGUACCAGGCUUAGACGCAUUUGCCAUAUUGCAUGUCUGGGUGGGUGUCGCAUCGAUGGGUGCACGUGGGAAAGGUCUGCAUACGCCAGCCCAGCUGCAAGAGAUCGACUCGCUUUUGGGCCGCUAUACGGAAACUGUAGGUUGAGAGGUGCCGCUGUGGAGAGCUCAGUGCGCUACCAGGCAAUUUCUGAUAUUCGGACAAUGACCUUUGUGCAUACUACUAUGUGUUUCGCG